CAUUUUGAAAGUGGAGUCGCCUGCCCCUGCCGCUGCCGCCGCCGUCGCUGUCGUAGCUGCCGCCGCCGCUGCUGGAGAAAGAGCGAGAGCGGGGAAGCCCCAGAGUGAAAUCCACCAUUCUGCUGGCUGAUCUGCCCGCCCCUCCUUCCUUCUCCCCCGACCCCCGCCCUCUCCCCCCCACAGGUGCCAUCCGCCGCCAUCCGCCCUCUCUACCCCCCCAUCCCCAGGUGAGGGGGGUGAGUUCAGGAAGCAGAGACCCCGAGGAACCCAGCAGGGUCACCAUUUGCAGCGCAACAUGGCAGGAGCUGGAGGAGGGAACGAUAUUCAGUGGUGUUUUUCUCAGGUGAAAGGAGCAGUAGAUGAUGAUGUAGCAGAAGCAGAUAUAAUUUCUACAGUAGAAUUUAAUCAUUCUGGAGAAUUACUAGCAACAGGAGAUAAAGGUGGUAGAGUCGUCAUCUUUCAACAGGAGCAGGAGAACAAAAUCCAGUCUCAUAGCAGAGGAGAAUAUAAUGUUUACAGCACCUUUCAGAGCCAUGAACCAGAGUUUGACUACUUGAAAAGUUUAGAAAUAGAAGAAAAGAUCAACAAAAUUAGGUGGUUACCACAGAAAAAUGCUGCUCAGUUUUUAUUGUCUACCAAUGAUAAAACAAUAAAAUUAUGGAAAAUCAGUGAAAGGGACAAAAGACCAGAAGGGUAUAACUUGAAAGAGGAAGAUGGAAGGUACAGAGAUCCUACCACAGUCACUACACUACGAGUGCCAGUCUUUAGGCCCAUGGACCUAAUGGUUGAGGCCAGUCCACGAAGAAUAUUUGCCAAUGCUCAUACAUAUCACAUCAACUCAAUUUCUAUUAAUAGUGAUUAUGAAACAUAUUUAUCUGCAGACGAUUUACGGAUUAAUCUUUGGCAUCUGGAGAUUACAGACAGGAGUUUUAAUAUUGUGGAUAUCAAACCUGCCAAUAUGGAAGAGCUAACAGAGGUGAUUACGGCAGCAGAAUUCCAUCCAAACAGCUGCAACACGUUUGUAUACAGCAGCAGUAAAGGAACUAUUCGGUUAUGUGACAUGCGGGCCUCUGCCCUCUGUGAUAGGCAUUCUAAACUGUUUGAAGAACCUGAAGAUCCCAGUAACAGGUCUUUUUUUUCUGAAAUCAUCUCCUCUAUUUCUGAUGUAAAAUUCAGCCAUAGUGGUCGAUAUAUGAUGACUAGAGACUAUUUGUCAGUCAAAAUUUGGGACUUAAAUAUGGAAAACAGGCCUGUGGAAACAUACCAGGUUCAUGAAUACCUCAGAAGUAAACUUUGUUCACUGUAUGAAAAUGACUGCAUAUUUGACAAAUUUGAAUGUUGUUGGAAUGGAUCUGACAGUGUUGUCAUGACCGGAUCUUACAAUAAUUUCUUCAGAAUGUUUGACAGGAACACAAAGCGAGACAUAACCCUAGAAGCGUCACGGGAAAACAACAAACCUCGCACGGUUCUGAAGCCACGCAAAGUCUGUGCAAGUGGCAAGCGAAAGAAAGAUGAAAUCAGUGUUGACAGCCUAGACUUCAACAAGAAAAUUCUUCAUACAGCCUGGCACCCCAAGGAAAAUAUCAUUGCUGUAGCUACUACAAACAAUCUGUAUAUAUUUCAAGACAAAGUGAAUUAGGGUUGGCAUUCCCAGCAGAAGAGCCCACUUCCUGCUUAGUUGAGAUAGUUGAAUCUAGCAUUCGUACCUAAAAAAGAGAGAGGUCCAUUGUGGCGCCCCUUUCCAGUGUUUGACAAUGUGCCAUUCGACAACACAUUUUUUAUAGCUACAUGGAGAAAUCUCUGUGGAUUCAUCACUGUGGUGUUCUCCAUGUCUGCUAGCCAUGUAGGUAAGGGUAGGGCACUUUUAAUUUAAAUGACUUCUUGCACCAUCUUGCCUAAUGGACUAGAUUGGACUGUAUCAACAUUGAUUUACUCCACUUUUUAUGCCUUCCAUUGUGAUGACGUCAAACACAGUGAAAGCCUUCAGUCAUGCUUAUGGGAUUUAAUUGUGUAUCCUCAUUACUGUAUCAUUUGUGGGGUACACCCCUCCCCCUUUUUUAAAUUAAAUACAGCUCAUUCUUACUGUGGCUUGUAGCAUUCCUCCUCUUCUGGCCUCCUGGACUCUUCCCCUUCAUCUCUUUUACCCUUGCCCCCUCCACCCAGUCUUGGUGGUGGUAUAUUAAAAAAAAAGAACGAACGAAAGCACACGAAAUGAGUCAGUUUGGGGUCAGUGGUAAAGGGGGUAUAUGUUGCGAACAAAUGUUUUAACAACAGUUGGCUGUAAUCACUCCUUGCCGUGUCUGGCACCGAAAAUAAGGAAAAAAAUACUACUACUGAAUAAAAGUGACAAAGAAUGGAGAA